AGGUCGCGCCUCUGCCUUGGCCCUGCCUGGUGGGUGGGCUUUAGCUGCUGGGAGGGCAUGGGGCUGACCUGGCUUGGUGUUCUGGGUCGCAGAGCGGGCUCGGUGCUCAGUGGUGCGGCUUCCUUUAAGAGCGCGGCAGCUGGACCAGGACGGGAAGGACGAAGAGGGUGGGCGCGUGACAGGGUGUGCACUUUCAGUAGCACCGCCGCAGCUAUGGCCCCGAUCCAGGUAGGAGAUGCUAUCCCCUCCGUGGAGGUGUUUGAAGAGCAGCCUGGGAACAAGGUGAACCUGGCAGAACUGUUCAAGAGUAAGAAGGGUGUGCUGUUUGGAGUCCCUGGGGCAUUCACUCCUGGCUGUUCUAAGACCCACCUGCCUGGGUUUGUGGAGCAGGCUGAGGCUAUGAAGGCCAAGGGUGUUGAGGUGCUGGCAUGUCUGAGUGUCAACGAUGUCUUUGUUACUGAAGAGUGGGGUCGAGCCCACAAGGCCAAAGGCAAGGUUCGGCUCCUAGCUGACCCCACUGGGGCCUUUGGAAAGGAGACAGGUUUAUUGCUAGAUGACUCACUGGUGCCCCUCUUUGGGAAUCGCCGGCUCAAAAGGUUCUCCAUGGUGAUAGAGGAUGGCAAAGUGAAGGCCCUGAACUUGGAACCGGAUGGUACAGGCCUCACCUGCAGCCUGGCACCCAACAUUCUCUCACAGCUUUGAGGCCCCAGCCAGAUGUGGGCCCUCUGCUCUUCUCAUCUCCCUCGCCUUGGGCCAAGAGCCUCAGCACUACCUCAGCUGGGGCCAACUAACUGGAACCUUGGCCAUAUCUCUGCAAUAAAUAAAUAAUACUCUGGUUCAGGG